CUCCAGCUCUCACUCAGUCACUCAGAAAUAUUAUUAUCGCCGCUGUGGACAUGAUGUCCGCCUGCUGCCGUCGCCUCGCAGUCUCCCGUCUCUCACCGACAUUUGACGGAGGAGCAGUGUUUCACAGCAGCCGGUCCUCGGUGUCGCCGCUCCGCUCCCGCAGCUCCUCUCUCCUGUUUGAAAACACCGUGUAAAAUAAAUGUUUCUCAGUGAGGCGGUGUGACCCCCUCCUCCUCCUCCUGCUGCUCCUCCUGCUCCUGCUCUCCGCAUCAAAUACUCUUUAAAACCUGCGACGUUCGUCCGGCAGCUGCCGCGGCGGCACCGACCAUCACCGUCCUGUCGGCAGCUGUUCUACGAGCUCUCAGUGUGUUCGACCAUCGCAGGUUAAAACCGUGACACGUCCAGUUAGCAGGCUGCGGAGCUAGCAAGCUAACUAGCUACUUUUAUUCCUAGUAACGCUGCGAGGAAAUGGAGCGAGUGCUCAGCAAAACACUGGCCACGGAUGCAUGUGCCUGGGCAGAAAAUCCCCAGUUUAAUUAAUCAGUGUGGAUGUAUUGUCCUCGGAGUGGGAGACAUUGUCAGCGGAGAGUUUGACAGCAGUGAAUUAUCCCCCCACCACUGUACUGUACUUGGGGUUUCUCCUCCAACCCGAAGCAAGAUGGACUCUCAUUCGGCUUGUCUGUCUUGUCAGGGCUCGCAUCGACGUUGUGCACGGAGAUGAAAAUGUCUGCUUAGGGGUCAUCGUCAUUGCAUGACAAAGGCAGUGGCAGAUCCAUCUUCAUCACUCAUACAGCAUUUCCAUAGUUUCAUCUCCAGUGCGGUAGUACCAUGAAAGGUGGAGGAAGGGGUAAGGAGCCACCUGUUAUCGGGGAGGUCACUGGCAAGCGCCCCAAACGCAAAUGCCUUCAGUGGCACCCACUUCUCUCCAAAAAGACUCUAGAUUUCUCUGAGGAGGAGGAAGAAGAUGAUGAAGAGGAGCUGGAGAAGCAGCCAGUGUUGUGUGGCCAGGACCAGGGGUCGCAAAUGGAGUGUGGAAGCACAACAGAGGAUGUGGAGGAGGACUCAAAUGAACAACGAGCACGGCGGCCAAUGAACGCAUUCCUUCUCUUCUGCAAACGCCACCGGUCUCUGGUGCGACAGCAACACCCUCGCCUGGACAACCGCGGGGCCACCAAGAUCCUGGCUGAUUGGUGGGCUGUGCUGGAGCCCAAAGAGAAGCAGAAAUACACUGACAUGGCCAAGGAGUACAAGGAGGCUUUCAUGAAGGCAAACCCGGGCUACAAGUGGUGUCCCACCACCAGCAAGCCAGUUAAGAGUCCCUCCUGUCCACCAGUCAGCAAUCCUCGCAAAAAGGUUUGGUCCUUCUCUUCCAACUCAUCCAAGGACUCCACCACUGCCAAAAAAGUGCCCAAAACUGACAGCAUGCCACAGUUAAACUUUGCCAUGGCAGAUCCUACUAAGAUGGGAGGCCUUAGCAUGCUGCUAUUAGCUGGGGAACAUGCCCUCACGAACAGGGAGACCCCUUCCAGCACCAAACCUAGUUUACCCGACACAGCCAGUGAAGAGAACUGCUUUCCAGGGGAACAGGAAGAGAUGUUGUCUGGAACAAUACCGAAAAGAGGGCUUGAUGUUACUGAAAGCAGGGUUAAGACUGCCAUUUCCCCACCGGCAGAGUCAUCUCUGUCUGCGGCACCUGAAGGAAAACCAUGCAAACAGUCAGCUCUAUUCCAGCUUGCUGAGAUGUGCUUAGCGUCGGAAGCUGGAAAGAUGGACACAGUUGUGUCUCAGCCAGAGGACAGCUCCUCUGCUGCCUCUAUCCAGCAAACUAGAGUCAAGCCAGAGAUCAAGGAAGAGAAAGCAGACACGAAUGACUGUCCUCCCUCCUCUCACACAUCAGCCCUCUUACCUUCAUCUUCUGUCACGUCUACCUCCACUGAUGCCAUUCCCCAACAACUUAGCAGCCAAAAUGCAUGUGUCAAAAAGAAGAGCAAGAAAAAAGAGGUAACCAAGUCACAUGAUAACAAUGAGAUCCCUUGCACAGCAAAGAAGAUCUUCAAAAAGUCUAACCAUGCAGAAUCAGACGCGGAUAGUGUUUUCAGUACGAUUGAAGCCGUGGCCAAAGGGGCGUGGAAAGACACAGAGGAGAAGGCCAAGAAAAAGAUUCAGAGUGGUCCUAGUGGUGCUAGCUCUGGUUUUCCCAAAAAGAAGAGCAAGCCCAAAGUCAAGACCUCUAUUUCAGAAAAGGAGGAGGAGAUGGAUACAGACAGUGCGCAGUGUGCACAGUACAGUUCCUCUGAAGUGGAGAUACAGGAAGAGAUGACCAACAUGAGUCCCAAGACAGAAGCAGAGGAAGCAAGUAUUGGAAGCACAGACCUUCAGGACAGCAUGACAGAGCUCCAUCACUCCCCCUGCAACUUUUCACCUGCUAAGCUCAAAGACGAGGACAAGGGGAUGGAGAGGCAGGGUGAAGUGACCUUUGAGUCCAACAUGGAGCACCGCGGCUCAAGGAAAUCAGAACGGAGCUGUAAAGGAGCCUUGUAUAAAACCCUGGUUUCUGAGGGAAUGCUUACUUCACUAAGAGCCAACAUUGACCGAGGUAAAAGAGGAGCUUUCCGUGGUUCUGAUCCUGAUGCAAACUGGUGCGAUGACAGCUGGACUGUUCCCCAGGUGGUACCUAAUAAUUCCAAGAAGCUGAAAAAGUCCAAGCCCAAAGAUGAAUCUUCACAGGGCCUAGGGAAACUGGAGGAGGAGUUUGAAAAGAAAUUUAACAGCCUACCACAGUAUAGCCCAAUGACAUUUGAUAAGAAGGGCACUACUGUCGUAAAGAAGAAGAAGAGCGACAGCUCCACUGUCCAAGAGGAGGCCUUGAAAGUCGGAAAAGGACCAUCUCCAUCUCAGAAAAAGACUUCAUUCCACAAGAUUGUUAGGAAGCAAAAACAGAAAAAGGAGAAACCAGUGGACAAAGUGCUACAGAGUGAUUCCACCAUGCCGGAUUCAGCUUCAAAAGCCAAAUCAUGUGCCCCCGUUGCCACAAUGUGCCCAGAUUUGCAGGGUACCACUAGUAUGGAGAUGCUAGUUGGUAGCCAGAAGAGGAAAGCGAGGAAGACCAAGAUCACACACUUGGUGCGCACAGCUGAUGGCAGUGUGUCUCCAGCUGAGGAGGACAAAACUAGGGACCUGAACCAGGAACAGGAUAAGAAGCCAUUACACCAACAGAAUUUAUGCAAUGAAAAAGGGUGCUACAGUAAUCCCAGAGCAGAGGAGACGGAGAGGAGCACCGUACCACAAGAGCUACCUGCUUUCUUCAGCUUGGCAGCCCUCGCUGAGGUAGCAGCCAUGGAAAACGUUCACAGAGGCCAGAGAGGCUUGGCUGAGAGUCAGAAGAAAGAGCUUGCCCAGACUCCAGUCCUCAUCUCCUGUGCUGAUCAGUGAAACUCUGCUGCUGUUAUGAGAAGCCACAACCUGGACAUUGACAGUGGAGCUUUAUUUCCUCAGUGGUAAGCCCACGCUGAAGGGAGACUUGAACAGGAAGCUUUGGAAGGACUCCUUCCUCCUUAUGGUGAAUUUGCUUGAGCUCGGGUUCACGUUGGGGGAAAGACACCUUCUCCUCCUCCUCCCUGCUCCUUGCUAUCUCAGUGUUUCCCUGAAGCCUUCCUUUGGUUUGAGGCAGGAUGCCUUUCUUCACCCCCCUUAGAUGCUCUGUUAGGGCCUGUGGAAGAACCAAGCUAUCUCUUAGUGCAUGGGUUCCCCUAUAGAGAUGGUUCAGUUUGUUGUACACUGUUUUGUCAACUAGAGGCCAUUUUUAAGGUCAUAUCUUGCCGUUUAAUAAAGAGCAUUUUAGGUAA